CACCAUUUUUGCUCAGUUUUGUAACGCGUUAGUAAGGAAUUCAGCUAAAGUGAUCUGUAAUUAUGCCGCCUCAACCAAGUGGUAAAGCUGUGAAAAAGGCUGGGAAAGCUCAAAAAGCCGUUCGUACUGGUGAUAAACGCAAAAAGAAGAAGAAGAGGAAGGAAAGUUUCAGCAUUUAUAUAUACAAAGUGUUGAAACAAGUGCAUCCUGACACCGGUAUAUCCAGCAAAGCUAUGUCUAUAAUGAACAGCUUUGUUAAUGAUAUUUUUGAACGUAUUGCUGCGGAGUCGUCUCGUCUAGCUCAGUACAAUAAGCGUUCAACAAUUACCAGCCGAGAAAUUCAAACAGCUGUGCGUUUACUUCUUCCCGGAGAACUUGCGAAACAUGCGGUGUCCGAGGGAACCAAAGCUGUGACCAAGUAUACUAGCUCCAAGUAAACAUACUCAUUUCCAAAGGCUCCAUUUUUUUUACAUGUUCUUGGGUUAAGUAUUACUUAUAUGAAAAAGCAUCGUGUUUUAUUAUUCUUAACUAGUGUUUUAAAUAUUAUUCGUACCAUGCAGCCUCAUUACCUUUCAUGGCUACGUGUCUGUUAUGACAAGUGACUAGAUGGAAACAUGUGAAUAUGCAAAAGUAAGAUUCUUCAAGUAACGAAAUAAUAACUCUGGAAAAACCUUUAGUUUUUUGCAUUUGCAACGAACAGGACUAUUGUAUCUUGCGUAAUAUUUUUCAGUGUGCUCUUGAACGCAGUUUGGUAUAUUUUGUAUGCUAGUACUUUCUUAAAAUUAAGUAUAUCUUACGUCAUGCAGAAGUAGUAGUAUUUUAAAAUUAAUUUUUGCAUAGUAAUAUCAUUGAUGCAAGCAUUUUUUAUGCUUAGUUAUUGAUAUAUAACUUGCUAGUUCUGAAAAUGUUUAAUUGUAAAUUUGACGUGUACUUCAAAUUAAGUGCUAUUAACAAAAUUUUUAGAAAUGUCACUUGUUUCUCUGAAAGGUAUAAUUUCUAAAUUCAUGUACAUUUUCAAGUGUUGUGUAAUUUCAUGUUUCAAUUUCAUGGUUUAAAUAAAAUUUGAUGCUAAAAAAAA